AUGACAAGGCACUCCAAUACCAUUGCUGGGAAUGAAAGAUCAGGAAGAUCCACAGGAUCCACGUUUAAAGAGAAGGAUGUUCGAUCUCCAUUUAAGAAGAAGAAAAUCAUUGAGUCCUCCACUCAAAAUUCAAGUGAAAGCUCCAGGAGAACUUUUAAUCCAUCUCAUUCACCGGUUGUGGUAUACAAAAACCAAAAAUCUGGGUUUCCGAAUACUCAAAACUCAAUAAUUAGCUCAGCUCCAUUGACACCAGCUCAUUUUUUAGAUGCUUAUAGCAAAGGAAAAUGGAAUUUAUCCUCAGUGCCCUGUCCUCCAUGUUUUCAUGGGAUUGGUUUAAUGAAACCUCCAGAAAGUUAUAAUGAAUCAAUUAGACUAAGAUUAGUUCACAACUACAUGGAUUAUGAACAAUGGAAAGAUACAAAAAAAUUCACAAAGUUAAUCUCUAAUGCUUGUAGAAAUUUUCAAUGCUUUGGUGCUUCAAUAUCUUUAAUUGAUCAAAAGAGACAAAUUGCUAAAUACCAACACUCCUUUGGUAUCACUGAAUGUCCUAGAAGUAUAUCAAUUGAUGCUCAUGCUCUUUUGUCAUUAGACUAUUUUUUAUUAUUGGAUGCCACCAAGGAUUGGAGAUUCGAAAAUAACCCCUUUGUGAAAGGUAUGCCCAAUAUCAGAUUUUACGUUGGUGUCCCAUUAUUAAGUAAAUUGGGUAUUCCAAUUGGUGUAUUUUCAAUAUUUGAUGUCUUUCCAAGAUAUGAAUUUGACCAAAACCAAUUAUCCUUAUUAAAAAAUUUAGCCCAAGAGGUAAUGGAAAUUUUAAAUUCACCUUUCAAUCCAACCACCACUAAUAAAUUAAAUCAAAACUGUUUAAAAUCAUCUUCAAAUACUGAAAAAUUAAUCAAUAAAAUUGGAAGACCAACAAGUUAUAAACUCACAAAGCUAUUAACUAAUGUUCCUGUCUUUGAAAAAGAUGGCUCAGGUAGUCAAUAUUCUCAAAAUCAUAAUUUUAGAUUGAGCAAGUCUCAAAUAACUAAUCAAGAAAUUGAAGCUAAAAAAGUUUGGAAACUAUUAUUUGAUGCUGGCCAAAUCAAAUUUGCCGCUAAUCUAUUAUGUGAACACUAUUGCAAAACAUUUUCCAUAAGUUAUGCUUUCAUAAUGGAAAUCAGAAUUGCUGAAACCUAUCAAAUCCCCUCAAAUUGCUUUCCUGUAGAAAAUAAGAUUGAUGCUGAAAAUUUUAAAUUUGCAAAUCAACUUCAAAGAAUCGAUAAAGAAAAAGUUAUUACAAAAGUUUUGGGAAGUCAUUGUACAACUUCAUUUGAUGACAAAUUUAAUGAGUCCAAUAUUUAUUAUAGGUCUUUAAGUUCAGAAUUUGGAAUAUUGAUCAAAAGUAAAGCUUCUGACGUGAAAUUUACAUCUGGUGUUUGCAUGUGCUUCCAUAGACUACCCUCAAAAUUGGUUAGGAAGAAACGAAUACAUAUAGAUGAAAAAAAUAAAAAUACGAAAAAUAUUAGUUCCAAAAAACCAAUUGAAUUGUAUCUCAGAUCUGGUGGGUUUCUUGUUGCAGCUUUUAAUGAAAAUGAUAGAAAUCUCACAGAAAAUGAAAUAAGUGGGAUUUUCGAAGCAGCUUGCAUCUACAGAAAGAUAUACAUUACAAAUUAG